AAAACAACUAGUUCAAAAGAAGAGUGAAAAUGUUGGUAAAGUAGGAAAUGUUUUCUGCAAAUUCUCGCGAAGUAAGACGAAAACUGUGUAUGACAACUGAAGGUUCUAAGUCAUUACUACAAGCAGUGAAAGAUUCUCAACUUACAACGGUGGAAAGUUUACAUCAAAAAUCAGAAUUUUUUACUGACGUAUGUAGAACUUCGUUGAAUUCGUCAAUUUAUAAACCAAAUAACAGCACAAAAAAAAAUUAGUUAUGAGAUUGUUACUUUUGGUCAUUGUUGGAAUCAUCUCAACAAAUGCAGCUUCUCCUGGUCAAGUAACAGUAGAAAACAGAACUAUCGAUUGGGGUUAUAUCAAGUUCGAAUGGCAACAAGUUGAAAACGCUACGAAGUACAAGGUUGAGUACAAAAAUAGCACAUCAUCCGUUCGUAAUGACACCGUUUUACCGCCAAACCAUUCUUGGGAGUACGACAAUGUUCCAACUAACGAGAAUAUUACAGUCAUAAUCAUCGCUUCGAACGAAGAAGGAGAUGGAAGUCCUACAGUUGAAGAGUUUAUAAGCCGAAUCCCAAAACCACCAGUUAAUUUAACGUUAUCUUUGAAUCCGGAAGACACUCUCACGCAAAUCAUCAUUCGUUGGUCUCACCAUGCUGAACUGAAUUCUUUUCGCAGAUUUAACACCAUUCGUUACAAGGUAUCAUAUUCAGAUCAUCCAGAUUUUAAUUAUAAAUUCAACAUUACCAGCGCCCUUAUCACUAACUACACAUUAACAGGACUAGAGGAAAAUACAAAGUACUGGGUACAAGUUUCUGUUUAUGAUACUGCAUCAGGAGAUGAAGGAAAGCCAGCGAAAAAAGAAUUGUUCACUGAAAGUGAUAAAAUUGAAAAUUGGAUCAUAGCGGUGGUCGUGAUUGUAGCCACUGCUUUGAUCAUUAUUGCCCUCGUUCUUGCGACGAUUUGGCAUUUUAGAAGUAAAUACCCGCAUAAAAAAUUGUAGCAUUCUUACUCAACUAGUGGGUGACAUUUGCCAAUCAAUUUUAUUAAGUUUUAUAUGAUAGCCCGUUUCCAUUAGACAAAAAAUAUUUAUAUCAGUUAUUGUAUAUUUACUUUUAUUAACAUUGUUUCUUGAUGUUUAUAA